ACGGUAUUGUGGAACUGAGAAAGAGAGAAAGAGAGAGAGAUCAUAGAAAGAGAUAGAAGAGUUGAGGCUGAGGAAAUGGCUGUUUUGAUCAUUAAUCUGACAUGGGUUUUUGUUUUUGGUCUCUUAGGUAAUAUCAUCUCUUUCAUGGUGUACCUUUCUCCACUGCCAACAUUCUGCAAAAUAUACAAGAGGAAAUCAACAGAAGGGUUCCAGGCAGUUCCUUAUGUAGUUGCAUUGUUCAGUGCAAUGCUGUGGAUAUACUAUGCAUUGCUCAAGCAAGGAGCCAACCUUCUCAUCACUGUUAACUCUGUGGGAUGUCUCAUAGAGCUCAUCUACAUUUCCAUGUACCUCUUUUAUGCACCAAAGAAAGCUAAGAUUGCAGCUAUGAAGCUUCUUCUUUUGCUGAAUUUCGGUGCAUUCGGGUUGAUCCUCGUAGUAACUACGUUCCUAGCAAAUGGAUCCAAAAGGGUGAAGAUUCUUGGAUGGUUCUGCGUAGCAUUCUCUGCCAGCGUCUUCGCUGCACCUCUCUGUGUUAUUAGGCAAGUUAUAAGGACAAAGAGUGUGGAGUUCAUGCCAUUUCCCCUGUCCUUUUGUCUCACACUCUGUGCAGUUGUGUGGUUCUUCUAUGGCCUACUAUUGAAAGACACGUGCAUUGCACUUCCAAAUGUGCUGGGUUUUGGGUUUGGAAUAGCUCAGAUGGUGGUCUAUGCAGUGUACAGAAACAGCAAUAGGAGGGAUGCAGGUGAUAAUAUUCAGGAGCAGAAUAAGGUUUCUGAAUUGUCAGAGCAGAUCAUUGAAGUUGUGAAGUUGAACACUGUGGUGUGUAAGGAAAUGGAUAUAAUUGCAGCAGCAGCAGUAGUUGCAGCUCCCCAGCUCAUAGCUGCAGUUGCUGCCCCUCAGCUGAUCAUCAACCAAAACUACAAAGACUCUGAGCUGCUUCAUGAAGCAGCAGAACAAAGGGACCAGAUCUGCUUGGAAGCUUCCAUUAAUAAUGUCUAACCACUCCUUAAAAUGAAUUGAGUGGGACGACAAAGUGUCCUUUACCUCCCAAAAAAAAAAAAUUUGUGCUUUAACAAUGGUCUCUCCCUUUUAAGCCUCCCCCCUCCCCCCUCCCCCCUCCCCAAACCCUGUCUAGGCCCUGCUAUCUCUCUCUCUCUCUCUCUCUCUCUCUCUCUUGUUUGUAUUGUACCGUGCGUGUUUGUUUUAAAUAAAUGAAUGCGCAAGCAUCCUCUUUCUCA